AUGAUUUCACGAGCACUUCUUGCUGUUCUCUGCGUCCUUGCUAUGAUGUCUAUUGUGGACGCACAAUGGGGAGGAUACUAUGGCGGUUACCCAGGCGGUUACGGAGGUUAUCCAGGUGGCUACGGCGGUUAUGGCGGUUAUGGAUAUCGUCCCUUCUACGGAGGUUUUCGUCGACGACCAUUCUACGGUGGAUAUGGUGGAUACGGCGGCUACGGUGGCUACGGACCUUAUUAUGGAUAA